GGGAGGGCGGGAGCCGGCGGGCCCGGCAGGUCGGGGCGGCGCUCGGCGGGACGGCGCGGGGUGUCCCACGCUCCGGAGCAGCCUGGGCACCGGUGUCGCGCCGCGCCCCUCCGCGCAGGCCGAGGGCGGGAGCGUUGGCGGGAGAGGGAGCCGGGCCGGGGAAGGGUCGGCCGGGAAGGCGGGAUCCUUUGUGCGGCGGCCCGCCUGGGCUGCGCGGGGGGGCUGGCCUGCCUCCGCGGUUCGGGCUGCCGACGUUGCGAGGUCGGUGAGAAAGGAGCACGGUGGGGCGGGAGGCCCGUGUCGGCGGGUGUUCGUCAGACCCGGCCUUGGGCAGCCCGCCGGGGCUGAGGAGGGGGGUACGGCCGCCGGGGUGUCUGCCAGCGGCACGUCCUCAUAGCUGCUGGGGCAGGGCGGCUGUGAAGCUUCACACCUCUGUGCACCGACCGCCGAGCUGUGGGAUCAGGGGCAAAGGCAGAAAACGCGAUGUGUAGCUAAUAAAUCCUGCUUCUAAAUCAGUAUAAUUCACGUGAAAGGUAGAUCUCAGCACGCAGUCAUCUGUGUAGUAAGUGCUGAAACUACCUUGUCUUCAUGAUCAGAGAGGUGUCACGAGGAUGUAGCCAGGCUCUUCUCAGUGACAACCAACGAUAAGACAAGGGGCACUGGGUACAAACUGGAACACAGGAGGUUCCGCUUACAUGUGAGGGAACAGGCUGGAACAGGCUGCCCAGGGGGUUGCGGAGUCUCCUCUGGAGACAUUCAAAACCCACCUGGACACCUUCCUGUGUAACCUCAUCUAGGUGUUCCUGCUCCAGCAGAGGGAUUGCACUAGAUCAUCUUUCAAGGUCCCUUCCAAUCCCAAACAUCCUGUGAUUCUGUGGAACAGCUCUGCUGUGAGGACAGGCUGAGAGAGUUGGGGUUGUUUAGCCUGAAGAAGAGAAGGCUCCACAGAGACCUUAUUGCAGCUUUUCAGUACUUAAAAGAAGCCUCUAAGAAGGAUGGGGACAGACUUUUUAGAAGGGUGUGUUAUGACAGGACAAUGGAUAAUGGCUUUCAACUAGAAGAGGGGAGUUUCAGACCAGACAUGAGGAAGAAAUCUUUUACAAUGAGGGUGGUGAAACACUGGCAGAGGUUGCCCAGAGAGGUGGUAGAUGCCCCAUCCCUGGAGACAUCCCAGGCCAGGCUGGACGGGGCUCUGAGCAACCUGAUCUAGUUGAAGAUGUCCCUGCUCAUUGCAGGGGGUUGGACUGGAUGAGCUUUGAACGUCUUUUCCAACCCAAACUAUUCUGUGUUUCUAUCUUUCUAGUGUUUGCAUUAUUUACAGGAUUUGAAUGAAACUUUAAAAAUUCUAUUGCAUGUCUUGUUAGAUAAUGGAGCUACAGUAUAAACUUGGCCUUAUCUAAAACAGUGGCUAAAUAUAUCUGCUGUUGCAGUUCAGUAACAGAAUCAGAUCAGUUUGCAGUGGAUAAACGUAAUUGCAUCUUCAGAGAGGGCACAACUAUUUUUACAAGUGUGCAGAGAAAGCAGGCAUAGAGAAACACUGUCUUUAACAUUAUUAGUUAUUGUAGUAGUAAUAAGGCUUAUGAUUUUACCAGGAUGCAAAAAGCUCCCUACAUAAGGAGUGGUUUUCUCAGCUGGGUACGUACGACCUGUAUGCAGAUGUCUUUGGUCUGUACCGCAAAGUUUUGUGUUUAUCCACAACCAAACUUGAAUCCUAGCAAUAAAAUCUGUUAUUUAUAUUGCUGCUAUGUUAAAUCUUUUCCUUUAAUACCAUAUAUCCAUGGUGAAAAUUUAUUUCACAGAUGUAAUGCCUGCCCUCUGCAUUUCCUUCUUCAGUAAAAGUGCACAGUUCUUUAGUUCAUGCAGCAGUUACUGUUUUGAUUGAAAAUGUUCUGCUCCGUAGGGAGUAAAAGAUCUCCCAGCAUGUGCAUAUGCACUUGGGAAUGGACUUCCGUCACUAGUAAAGGCUCUUUGAUACCUAAUUGUAUCAAGCAUGUGUGUGUACACUUAAGAGUAUACUGAGUGACAUAGUAACAUAUCUUUCAUAUACUAGGGUACAACUAUAAUAUCAGAUAAACAACAACAGGGAAAAUACCAAUUUAUUUGGUUGAUUGAUUGAGGUUGAGGUACAGAGCUGGGUGAGAUACCCUCAUAAUAAUGCAUACCCUGAAAUACCUAUAAAAAUUAUCUUCAGAAGUGCUCAGCAGGGUUCAUGCUAUUGUAAAAUGAAGGCUCCAAAGAGAAUUAUUAACAUCCUCCACACAGAUGAGCCAGAGAUGGGAAUUAGCAAGAAGCCAAAUAGUAUUUGGGUAGUUAGUGCUACAACAUAUUUAUUUUUUAAUUACUGUUUUUUUGUUGGGUUUUAUGGGGGCCCCAAACUCUCCCUGUUAAUUAUUUGUGGUUUCUGGCAAGCAACUACAUUUAUCUGCACCUCAGUAUGUCACUUCCUGUGUUGUUCUUCAGUGGUCACUGUUGCAUGGAGGCCUUCAGCAUUGAGACCUGUGAACAGCUGUUUUCUCUGUGCUGUUGGAGCCCUUGCGAGCAAGAUAUCGGUCAAUAUUUUAAACAGUAGUGGUGUGCUGACACAUGCAUAAUCAGGAAGGAAGUGGUCCUACAUGUCAUCUAGGUUUUUUUGUAUGGUGUUUCAGUCCUUUUCUGCACAAUGAUGCUAAUUGGGAAAUUUCAUUAGCAUGCUUUUUUGGUAUAAAGUUAAUUGAGAAAAAUUCAAAAGCUUUGUCCAAAGAUUCAUUUUUAGGAACUCCAUUAGUCACCCUCAGAUCUGAUAGCUUUCCAUUUGGCAAAACCCACUGUUAUCUCUGCCAUCUGCAUAUUUGGUUCAUUUCUUAUCUUUUUCAUCUUAACUGAUAUGGCACAGUUUCAAAAGUCCAUGUAAACUUCCUGCAUUUCCUUUAUCUAGAAAAAUUUGCUGUCUUGUCAAAGAAGGAUAUCAAGUGAGUUUGGCACACUCUACCUCUGGUGAACCUAUGUGAUAUCUUCUUUGAUGAUAAUCUGUUUUCUUCUUUGUCUUUGAAUUUUUCAAGAAUAAUUAUUCACAGCAGCAUGCUGACUUUUGAUCAGAUUCGUAGGCCUGGCAUAUUCCUGAUUGUUUUUUUUUUUCUCCUUGUAAAUGUAGGCACUAUGUUUGCUUUAUUCCACUUUGGAGUUUAUAGAUUUAUUAAAAAUUCUUUCUGCUGGAUCUUUGAUCUCCUGUGCCCAUUCUUUCAGAACACUGAAGGUGAUCCAAACACUGCUCUUUGAGUGCAUUUUCAGCUCAUGAUUUCUGCUUCCAGCUAAGUCAUUUGUCCUAUAUUUUAAUGAGCUUGUGCAGUUUUGCUUUUUACAUUUGGGUAGAUAUUGAAGGUGUACUCACAGAAUCACAGAAUGGUUGAGGUAGCAAAGGAUCUCUAGAGAUAGCUGGUCCAGCCCCCCUGCUCAAGCAGGGUUACAGGGAGCUGGUCACCCAAAACCAUCUCCAGUGGGCUUUUGAAUAUCUCCAAGGAUGGAGACUCCACAUCGUCUCUGGGCAACCUGUGCCAGUGCUUGAUCACAGUAAAAACAUGUUUCCUGAUGUUCAGAGGGAAUCUCUUGUGUUUCAGUUUGUGCUCAUUGCCUCUGGUUCUGUCACUGGACACCACUGAAAAGAGUCUGGCUCCAUCCUCAUUGUGCUCGCCUCUGGGUAUUUACAUACAUAAUUCCCCACUCUACCAAUAUCUGCAGGAUUUGGGACACACAGAUUUUGAAGUAUGUUCAUCUGUGUCGCAGAAGGCAGAGCAAUGUGCAGCAGCGGAAAUCCAAAAAGAGCGGACUGUGCACGCUGCCCAGAAACAAAGCAUCCUGUCAAAACUAGUUGAGUUCUUUAGAAGCUGGUUUCCUUUUCCACAGUAUAAGAAAAAUGAUGACGUACUUCACCGACUGGAUGUUGGAUUUCGAUUUGACACGCUCCGUACCAUCCUGCAACAGGAAGUUCUGCUGCAGGAGGAUGUGGAACUGAUUGAGUUCCUUGACCCCAGUAUCCUGUCUGCAGGGCAGUGUAAGCAACAGGAAAAUGGACAACUUCCAACGCUACGCUCCCUAGCAACUCCUAAUAUUUGGGAUGUCUCACUGUUGCUUGCCUUUGUAAGUGCGCUGCUUAUGCUUCCUUCGUGGUGGAAGGAUUCAUCGUGGCCGCUGUGGGCACUAGUUCUGCUUGUCUAUGUUGUCUUUCGAGUGUGGGGCACAUGGAGGACAGCCAAGCUGCAAAUGUCCCUGCGAAAAUACUGCAUCCAACUGGAAGAAACAGUGGCGAACAGCCGAGCUUUUACUAAUCUCGUGAGGAAAGCUCUACGACUCAUUCAAGAGACUGAAGUAAUUUCCAGAGGAUUUACCCUGGUCAGUGCCGCUUGCCCAUUUAAUAAAGCUGGACAGCAUCCUAGUCAGCAUCUUAUUGGUCUCCGGAAAGCUGUGUAUCGAUCUGUCAGAGCCAACUUUCGAGCUUCAAGACUGGCUACUCUGUACAUGCUGAAAAACUACCCUCUGAACUCAGAGAGUGACAACGUGACCAGCUACAUCUGUGUUGUCCCGUUUAAGGAGCUGGGCCUGGGCCUGAGUGAAGAGCAGGUCUCUGAAGAGGAGGCACACAACCUCACCGAUGGCUUCAGCUUGCCUGCGCUCAAGGUCCUCUUCCAGCUCUGGGUCGGGCAGAGUUCCGAAUUCUUCAGGAGGCUGGUGCUGCUCCUCUCCCCAGCCAACGCGUCCCCCAAGCCCUUGGUGUCCCCCGAACGGCUGCCUCAUCACAUCUUGUCUGACGUGACUCAAGGCCUACCUCACACACACGCUGCCUGCUUAGAGGAGCUGAAGCGAAGCUACGAGUUUUAUCGGUACUUCGAAACUCAGCAUCAGUCGGGUUUCGAACGUGCGGCCAGAACGAAGCAGAAGUCCAGGGAGCUGAACAGCCUUCAGACAGCAGUACGCAGCUUGCAGCUUCAUCUCAAGGCACUGCUCAAUGAGGUAAUAAUUCUUGAGGAUGAACUUGAAAAACUUGUUAGCAGUAAGGAGACACCUGAGUUGACAACAGAAGCCCAUCAGGUUCUGGAACAGAAACUAAAGUUUAUUCAGCCUCAUAUCCAGGCAAGCAACAGCUGCUGGGAAGAAGCCAUUUCUCAGGUGGAAAAAAUGAGUGGAAGAAACCCAAAUAAAAAAGGCAAACUUGAAGUUUCCUGUGACAACCUACAGCGUACUACGGUACCUUUAACACAGCCUGCCAUAUACAUAGAAAACAAAGAUCCAAUCCCUGAAGAACAGGAAUUGGAAGCAUAUGUUGAUUAUUCAGAUACGGAGAAUGAAUACAAAAGGGAAGAUUUUUACUGCUUUUCCCAGGAAGAAAGAGAGAGACAAGAACGAGAGAGACAGGAAUCUAAGAGGGUGUUACAAGAAUUGAAAUCUGUGCUGGGAUUUAAAGCUUCAGAAAUAGAAAGACAGAAAUGGAAACAGCUGCUAUUCAGUGACCAUGGGGUAAAGUCAGAAUGGAAUUAGAAAGGGAAAUGCUACUUGGGAAUCUGCUGUUGCCGCUCUCAUUUAUGUUCGUGCUGCUACUCUAAUGGAGCUACUGCAGUUUAGGGAAUCUCUUACUUGGAAAUGGACAUUAUAUCAUUUUCUUAAAACGAAAGACGUCUGUUCUUCAAGAAGUGAUUGUACCGAGUUAUACUAACCCUUAACACUGGGAGGAGACACUUCCUGGCAAGCAUCCCGUUGCUGGCAAUGGGACUCGCUGCUGCUACUAACUUCGAGAGGCUAAAUUAAACCAGACUUUAUUUGUGAGGACACCUUACCUGCCUGUAUGAAUACAUGUUGUAUUUCUGUGUUGUGGUGUAUGAGAUCAGAUACUGCCUAUAAGGACUUGUUCCUGUACCAGCUGUCUUUAUUGGAUUAGGUAAAGUGUUGUUUAAAAUGAAGACAGUUCAAAUCUGUAUACAGUGCAGUAGUUGUACUUGUUUUUUACUUUUAACACUGAAUGCAUCAGCUGUGUUUGAUGCCAGUUUUAAACAUCAUCAAUUUUGUGUUGUCUCUUCACAUCACAGAUUUGAAGGAGUAGUUACAACAAGUAGCUAUCACAUUUCACCUCAGCUUUGCCAUUAGAAAACACUGGUUUAUUUUAAGUUUUGUUUGACUGUGUUUUUUGUUUCUGUUGUUUUGAUUUUGUUUGUUGGUUUUUUUUAAGCCAUUUUGACCCUUACACCCUUGCAUCUUUUCAGACACAAAUAAAUUAUUUAUAUAUAGCAGCUUGCUUUUAGUUGUCAUUUAAUUUUUUUUCCCCCUUUUUAAGCUGCAGUGAAACCCUUGUCUCCUGUAGAGCCGCUGAAGCUACUAGAUAAUUUGGAAUCACAUACGAAUUCAGAUACAGAAAAGCAGGACUGCAGCCAAAGUUGUGAUAACUCUGAAGAAAAAGACUCUAAUCCAGAAGUGAAUGCUACUGAUAAAAGCAGGACAGAAUAUUUGCAUGAAGAUCCUGAGAUGGAGAAAAACAAAGACAGUGCUACUGCUGAAGGUGUUCCUACAGGAGCUGGAGAAAGAAUGUGUUAUCAGCAUGAAAGGGAAGGUGAAGAACUCAAGCCGAGUGAUAUGGAUGGAGUGGAGGUUUCAGAGUCUCCCUCUAAGGAUGCAUUACAUUCAAAAAUCAAGCAGAGGCUGGCCCAGCUCCACAUAUCAACAGAUUUAAACUUCACAUCUGGUCUGGCUGCACAAGUUGCUGCCAGGUCUUUUGCUUUUACUACAAUGCAAGAAGAGACUUUUGGAGAUGAGGAAGAGGAGGAGGAAGAGAAGACACAGGAGUGUAAAGACCUUGAGGAGGAUUGUGAGAAUGAAGACAGAGGCUCUGAAAGUGAAGGAAAAGUAUAAGUCUGAGCUGAACUUUGUUAAACUAAUAGCAGGCAAUUUGAUGGGAAAAAACUGGGGGGUUGAAGACGCAAAUACUGGAGGGAAAAGGACACCUAAAUCUAACACAUCUUGUUCCCUAAGUCUGAUACACUAAAUAGGACUUCUAAGUACACUGAAAAUUUGCAGGUAAGAGAAGUUUAGGCUGCAUCCAAGAAAUAGUUGGCUGUUGCCUUUUUAAGAUCCUAGUGGUGGGUUUUGGAAUUUACCUUUGUGUUUUCUGUUUUAUUUAUUUAUAUUAUAAUGUAUUGUGGGUUUGGUUUUGUUUUGUUUUGUUUUUCUAAAAAGAAGGAAAAACGACAUAUUGAAUUACAACAGACUCCGUUUUGGUUUGUUUUUUUCCCUCUCUCUCUGAUUCUGUUGUCAUGGUAUCAAUGUUUGUUCCAACAAAAAAGCCAGAACAUUUCUUUUGGAAGAACCUGAACUGUUCCCUGUGAUCUUCCCCCACCACUUUGGUUUCACUUCUGGUGUCUGCAGCGCGUUGGCAAAGCCACCGUAGGCAUUUGUGAUUCUGUGGCUAGUGACGUGGCUCCCAACAAAAAUGUAGAUUUUUAAAUAAAAACUUGAAAGAGCUAGUAUUCAAUGUGUCCUGGAGUAUGAGGCUGAGAUAGUAUGAGGUUAGUCAUGCUUCAUAUUAAGGUUUAUUUAGAAUUUUAUGAAGGGUUAAUAAAUGAUUUCUAGAUGUUGUAAUUCAUGUUAGAGGAAUGUGUAGUAUAUGUUAGGGAGGGUUAUAAGCACAUCAGUAGAAAGUACUAUAGACAGCUAGAAGCUAUCUGGUGGAUUGAUAAUAGAUAAGAAGUAAAUACCUUUUUAUUAAAACAGCUAUUAAUUAUUUGUUAACCUUUUGUAAACUGAACCUUAAUAUAAUUGUUUGAUUUAAUGAUUGUACAUUUUUGUUUAUGUCCUGAAGUAAUUUUCUUAAAGCAAAACUGUCUGAGUGUUUAACAACAUAUUUGCUUUUCCCUGAUGUUCUUUUGUUACUCCUUAGAUCACAACUAUAACCUGUGCGUUUAAGAAUCCAUGGAGAGAACAUGAAUUGUGUAUUUUCUAAAGUGUAUUUUGUAACUUAGUUGACACUGAAGUCUGGAUGUUUGGUAUGAGGUUAUGCAGCUCGGUUUUUUCUCUGUGGCGGUGUUACGAGGAGCAGCAAACUGAUGCUCACCCCCCAGAGGAGCUGGUUAAUGGUUUCACUGCAUUCUCUUCCUUUUGCCCUCUGGCACCAAAUGAAGCAAAGGUCUCACAUCUCUCAUGGCAAGAGAGAUGCCCCUUUGUAUGGAAUACUCUACUCCGACCUGGACGCAUUUCCAGUCACAAAACACCUCAUCAGUUCCUUAGAGUAUUUACUGUCUCUUGCCGAUUCUAUAGAAUAAAGGGGGUUUAGAUGGAAGUGGUUCAGAGCAGGAUCUUUCCUAGGAUGCUGUUGUGGGGAGUGGGGAAGCUGGUGAAGGGCAGCAGGUAAGGCUGGAACUCUUCACCAUGUGGCAGAAAACAAGUGCUUUCUUUCAACCUCCCUCUCUUCUAUCAGUGAUUUUGUAUGAACACUGUUAAAUAUGUGGAUUUUUUUACAAACCCUAGGAGGUAAAUAUCAACUGAUAGAGAAGGGAGUAUGUGACUUACACUACUCUUUCACAAUAUAAUACCUAUCUUCUCCAUCACACACAGUUUUGGAGAAGAGAAUGUUUUACCAUUCUUCAUUAACCAGUAACACUGUGUUCUGUGCCCUUAAUUUUGUGUAGGUGACUGGAAGCUGAAUGGGUGAUGUCUUGGGGAACUUGUAAAAGAAAAAAAUAGAUGUUUCUCAUAGUAUAUUCAGAAGCAAAGCCUCCUCUUAGUGGUAUAUUCUUCUGUAAUUUGUAAAGGUUAGACUAAAUUGAUGAAACACUUUUAUUUUCUCUGUGGUAAGCCAUUUUUUUUACCUCAAGUCUAGAACAACUGCUUUGGAUAAAUCAUGUUUGAAGCAUUGUCCAUGCUUCUGAAAAAGAAGUCUUCCUCAUGCUUGACUUGCGAUCCUUGAGUUCACAAAGUGCCCAGAUAUUUUUUGUUCCUAUCUAAUUGUUCUGACUGCCUCAAUGUAUGUUCCAUUCAUACUUUUCCAUGACCUAAUCCACCAGCAUCUCAUGACCUGAUGUUGUGUAUCCUAGAGCUGACAGUACUGAACUUUUCCCAUGGCAUCCAAAUCUUAGUUUACAAUGUGUAUAGCUACGAUGCCAACUUGAAAAAAUGGUCAGAUUUAGGAUACGAAUGAUCACUGUCCUCAUAGUUUUGGAUAAAGUCGCUAGUAGCAUGAGUGCUUCACAUUGCUACUAAAAUAAGUUUCAGAUCUUACUUUUAUUAAAGCUGGUAGCUGUUUAUUCUUUUGCUGCAGCACUUAGCAAAAGACCUGGAGAACCGACUUUGGCAGCUCACUUGGGACCCUGUUUUAUCAUCCGCUGGUCUUGGUGAUGAAACCGGCCUAAGAAGCUCCGUCUAUCAUUAGUUGUUCAUUUUCAUCCAUCAGCUGACUCAACACAGCUCUUUGUGGCCAUGUUGUAAACCAGCUCGCCAAGUUCCUUUUGGUCAAAAAUCCACCAUUUUUAGGGGUUAUUUCUCACUGUUCUUGUUGCAGUGAUGCAGUUCACAGCAUUUACCUCCAACCAGCUGUAUCAGCACAUACUGUGCUGCUGGCAGGAGACUCCAGAUUGCUCACGUUUACAUUAUUGGCGAAGAUGGGGUGGUGUGAAAUUACAGGCUUGGCAUUAGACAUGAGUAUGAUCAAAGGAUGACUUUUUUGAAGCAAGUUCUGAUCCUCCUUUGAACAAAUAGGUUUUCUACAAGCAAUUUAACUGAUCUCCAUGGUCUUACUCAAUGCAGUCUUAGAAGCUGCACAUAUGAACACCUGGGCUCACUUGCUUUCUCUGCCUCUCAACACAUAUGUAUAUAUCAGCCAUCAGGUCAUUUAUUUUGAUUUAUUUAAUAUUCUCCUGCAGAAAAAUGUGGCUAACAGUGUACAGCACACAAAGCAUGGCAUCUCUUGAUUUGAUAACCAGGUUCCAUCUACAUAUAUUAUGUCUGUUAUAAUCCACAUUUCCUCAUAAUUAUGUCAUUUGACAGGACUGUGCAUACAUGCUGUAGGUUGCUUGAAGAACCUGACAGAUUUCUUGGCAAUCACAAUUUAUUGCUGCAUUUAAAAUAAUAUAUAUCGCCACACUGAAGUGUGCAUUAGUGCUAAGGAGUUGUGUUAAUAUAUUGAGCAUGUCGAGGUCUGAAUGCUGCCCUGUGUUCUUUGGCUCAUUACCCUAGAUAGGGAUUUUUGUGAAAAUAGAACAUUUACCUCUUAGAACUCUGUAACUUUUUGAAACAUGUUAAUCAGGAACUCCACACUAAAUAAUGGGUUAUGCCAAAGGAUAGCAGCAGCCAAAAUUCAUUACGAAGAGCAGGGCUAACAAGAAGUGCAUCUUCCCUAUUCCAUUUCCAAUUAGCAGCUCUGUGAAGUUGUAAAGAAGCAAGUAAUUAUAUAGGGUUAAAUAAUUUCUUAUCCUCCUGACCUACCUGCACAGCACUCCAAGGGUGAUAUUUCCUUCUUAGGUUGGACUGCAAUCUAACACUACAUGUUUUAUGUCAUCUUUACAGCUAAAGAAGCAGGUAAAGGCUUAAAUGUAGACAAAGAUCUAUGAUAUAAAGGUUACUUGUCUCUUUGUUGAAGUGUCCUUCAUGACAAAUGAAACAGUGCUGUAAUGGAAGCAUAUUUUGAGAAUUACAGAUAAUGGAGAGUUGUUCAAAUGGUGUCAAAUGUGCCUGCAUCAACUAUACACAAGAUCCACAAACACGAAAGUUUCCGCUAUCAGUUGCAGUAAUGAGAUAGUUUUACUCCUGACAGAGGAUUACUGGGCGUCAAUGAAUCGUGCACUUCGUUAUCCAAAUACUUGAUGAAAUCAAGGUUUCAGACUUUGUCCUGUGCACGUUUAUGUGUUUGUGACCUGACUGUUUACAACACUAGAAAUGUUAUAUGCAUCUGAGUGCAGAAUUUGCAACUGUCUUAUUAUUUGCGAGUAAAAAAAGCAUCUGAAUGGUAGACUCUGUGGGGUUGUUGGCCCACACUGAACUUUGUAAUCUUGCAGUCUGUCUUUUGUUUGUUUGUUUGUUUUAACAGAAACAAGGGGUCAAGCACACUGAACUGCCCUUGUUCUUUAAAGUAUUUAGGUGAAGGGCUGAUGUUGCUCUGCGAGUGGCUUGUUCCCAGGGCUAACUACUCUAUAGAAGUCACUGGUUUUCAUAGUGUUUCAUCUGAAGAACAGGGCAGAGGGUGAGAAAGGCAUCUGGUCAGUGUAAAGGGUCGGGCUGCUCGAGGAUCUUGUCUGGGACAGGGACUAACAAUAGAUGCUGCGGGAAGAGUGUGAGAAAGGGAGAUCGUGUACUGAUGUUUCCCCAGGCUGUUCCCCAUCGAUUUGUGGCUCAGGGACUUCUUGAGCCACUGGUGAGGGUUAUCAGCUUAACAGGUCCUGAUGGAAUCCUCUUCCAUAAACUCGUUCAGUUACAUGUUUGGUCAAUUAUUACUAGUCCCAAUGCCAGUAUGUGCUCAAUUUUAUUCCAGUCUUUUACAAACGAGAAGAUUUGUCGAUAACAUUUUUUAAUUUUCUUCUUUAGACUGAGCAAGCCCACUUCUCUCGGUCAUUUUCCAGAGGAUUUGGUUGCUUUCCUUAGAAAUCUGUCUGGUUUUUGAAGUAUCAUGACCAAAGUGCAGUGCGGUACUGCAGACAUAACCUCAGCAGCGCUGAGCAUGGAGGAAUAAUCACCUCCCAUAAAACGGUGAACAUUUCAAGUAUGUUUGAGUCCAUAUAGGAAAAAAAUCUUUUCAGAUCUUUUACCCCUGGCUAUUAGGAUGACAAAUGAAAAUAUUUGGUCUAAUGGAGGAGAAAUAUUUAUUCACUGUCAGCAGGAUUUGGCUGGACAAUGUUUUUCUUUGCUAACAAAACAAAAAGUUGUUAAAUCAAAAUGAUAUUCCAACAGCUGCCACCCGGUCUAACACAAACUAAAGAUGCCAAACAGCACUUGUUUAAAUUUCAUCUUGAUUUUUCAGGGCUGCUCUGAUCUCUGAAUAAGCAUGUGUCACAAAAUUUAUUAUCACACAAGAAUAUGGAUAUAUGGAUAUCUGAGAUCGAACUGAAAGCUUCUGUGGCUAAUUUUUAAAAUGCUUGGAGGUGUGCCUUAAUCCAUCUGCUCAUUAUAAUCAAUUCCUUCAUCUAGAUGUUUUUGUUUUACCACCUUGAAUUUUAAAUGCCAAAAAAAAAUACACUUUGAUUUAUUUGACUUGGAAAUGUGUGCAGUAAUCAGAUAAGAGGUAAUGGUUCUGUAACUGUGAUAACAAGGCACGGUCAUAGGCAGGGGUAAGAUCUACCUGCCGUGAGCUUUGCUUUGUAGAUGGAUACAGCAAUAUAUUGUAGUUUGAGCUACAGAUCAGUGUGUAACAGUUCUUGAUAUUCUGCCUCACCUGUCAUGCUGCCAUCUCCAAGUUUUUGGCAAGUUUGUUCGAAUACAAUUUGACCCGACAACUUGAAUACUCCAUGUUACACUUUCUGAAUUGAACACAGGAUUCUGAAGAGCAAACUAUCAUUUAGUAGAUGAGGAAAAAGGUUUGUUUCUUUGUUACAAAGUGGCUUAUUUUAAAAGGGUUGAAUAGGACCAAAACUGGAAUACUUUCACACAGUCAGCAUAUUUUUGACCUUAUACCUUCUCAGCUUUAAAUGUGAAAGGCCUCAUGGACAGUCUGCUGUAGGGGAUGCAGUUCUACAGCAGCUUAAACCAAUGCAGGUCCAGGCUGCCGUGGCCCUUCCGUGGCCAUGCAAUCUCAGCCCCUCCUUCAGGCUGCUUUUAGUAGCCACUCAGUGAUUUAGGACGUGGAUCUGGCUGAAGAUGCAUCACGGCUUUAACUUUCAGCUGCCUCUCUCAACUAAUUCAUCAUGUGGUUGAAAGGGCACUUGUAGCGUCUCGGGAGAGCAGGCGGGAACACGUGCCCAGGCAGUGGGGAGGAAUGCCAGAGCUCCAAUUUAAAUCAGUUUGAAUUAAUGUUUGCAUGCUGUGAGUUGACACCAUUAGUGUCUGUACUGAAGUGAGAUAAACUCAACUCCAUGUGUUGCUUCCUUCAUCUCCAUAUUUUCUGUUGAUUGAGGAUGAUGCCACUCAUUAAUUUCCUCACUCAUUUUGACUCCACUUUUUUGUUCUUCAGGCCCAGGCUGCCCACGACCUGUUGUGUCUUAUUUCACAGUCUCUCUAAAAGCUGUUUAUUAUACUGCCAGUAAAACUGAAAUUAUCACACUUUUUUUUUUCUGCUUACUGUUUUCACCUUUCUGGUUCCUCUGACACCCGUGGUCCUCUCUGUUUACCACCACUCUUAAGAGGUUCAGAUUUUAAAAUAAUACAAGAAUUAUUUUUGUGUGUGUAACACAGCUUUAUUCUUCUGUAUCAUCAGCAUUGGAAUGACUAGAUCUAGAAAUGUAUGCUGACUUCCCUCUUGAUUUGAGAACUGAAACAGAAGGUGGACACUGUAAGUACUGUGAGUGCUACAGUCAAAACAGAACCAAUAAUGUAUGGCAGCUCAAAAUUAUACCACACUUGUGAUGUAUAUUGGCUUUUAUAAGUAAUUCUGGCUUGCUGAAAAACACCAGUUGUGUUUUAGAAAUAACUGCUGUUCUAGUACAAGGUCUCAAAGUAAGUGUCAUUAGUUGGCUUGAUUUGUGCUCAAAUCUCAAUAUUCAGAGAUUGCUUCCUGACCUUCUCCAGCUGCAUGGAUGAGAGUUGAAAAUAAUCUCAAAUUUCCAAAUAGAAAGUGACCAAUGCUUUCCGUUACUUUGUGCUAUUAAAAAGAGGUCCAUUCCUAAAUAAACAAAAAGAGAAAAGUCAGUGUUUAAUAUCUUCAGUAGUCAUGACUAACAGAGAAUCAUGCAUUUGAUCUCAGUGGAAGCACCAUAAAUGAGGACUGUUGAUAAUGUUUGAUUUCUCUGUUUCUAAAAUAAUAAUAACAAUGGGCUUUAAAUGUAUUAUGGGAUAAAAGCCAGAAACCUGUGAAUUGUCCUGCAGAUCUUUUAUCCAAAGCCACAGCCGGUUGAAUUUAAACAAGUUCACGUUGUCUGUUCCUGCACUGCUCAGUAUGACGCUGUACUCAAGGUUUUUAAUGUCCUAACGUGAGUGUUCACAGACAAGCCACGUGCACCCGCGUGCUCGAGCUCUGCAAAGCUUGUCGAGAUCAGGGAACAGUGCUGAGUGAAACCUGCACAUGAGUGGAACGCUCCACACACAUUUUGGGUUUAUUGUCUCUGUUUUGCUGUGUUGCAGCAUCCACGCCAUGCGCGAUCCCACUCAUUAUCUUUUCCCUUCUCAGCUUUCCUCUUCACAGGCCACACAAACCAAUUGUGGAGGGAUAUUUUGUUUGUUUCUUACCUAGGUUACUAACCGAUAAUGCACCAGGGAGUAUAUUUCCAAUAAAAGCUUAGACAUUAAUGGCCACACUGCAAAAGGCGGGGCCUGGGCACACAGAUGCCGGAGAUUCUCUUCUGGUUUGACCUUUUCUGGGAAGGGUUGUUCUGGGGUGAUUGACUUUGAGGGUGCUGACCAAAGUUCCAUGACUCUGCAGCAAUCUUUUAAAGCUCCAGUAUCUGCCAGGUCCCUUCUUUCCUCUGGUGGUCUCUCUCUUAGCAGUCUUCAGCUUUUCUCCAGCAUUCUGCUGCCAGCUCCUUAGGAACUUUAGGUGCUUAGGUGCUUUUCCCUUCAUUUCUGAACCUGUUGUCUAAACUUUAUGACAUAGCAGGUUAGGGGGAAUCCACACCAAGGUGCUGCUGUGCAUUCCUGGUCAUAAACUCACAAACAGAAGGAUACUUAGGGCUGGUAGCUUGUCUGUCCUGACUUUCCUUCCAGGGUGCUUUGACCUACAUUUCAACCUGGCCCUCCUAUUCCUUCCUGGACUUCAGAACAUUCACUUCCAGAAAUCUCCCCCCUUAAUGAUCAAAAGAUGGUAAUGUCUCCCCAGCAAGACCGAUCCUUCAACACACGUUCCUCAUUACGUGAGCUUUACUUGUUCUUUCCAACAGAAGGAUGGCAGAAUUAUGGCUGAGUCUGCAUUCCCAUAAACAAGCUUUCUUGUUGCUGCAGGAGGGGUUGGAGAUGUGCUCUCCCGCUGCUGUGCCAUUGUGCUCUGGCUCCACAGCUGCCUGGCCUUGAGCUCUGGAAGCUCUGGGUUCUAACAGUUGUGCUUAAACCUUUCCCAGUGUCAAAGAGCACGUGUUUUCAGAACACAUUUACUACUCAAUCUCCCCCAAAUUGAACCAUUUUGAAUUUUUCUUGAGUGGCAUUACUGGAUUUUAUCUUAAUUUGAGGGGUUUGUGUGAGUUUUAUACAUAUAUAGAUGUAUACACAAACACACACUUCAUAUUGUACGUGCGUAUUGCCAGGCAUCACGCUGAAAGGCUUGUCUAGCAAAGAGGUGGAAUUUUCCUCAUAUCAAACUUUCCAGUUAAUUACUCAGAAGGUAAACAAAAUCGUAAUUCCUGCUAUAGUAUCUAAUGGCAAAAGAACAGAAUUCUCUUCUACCAAGCAGGCUGUGUGAAGGUAUUUUAAAUGCACGCUGAUUUUACACCUUUAAUUAGAAAAGCUAUUUAACUUCUUUUCUCUUAUGGAGGCUUUGCAGCAGAGCUGCUGUGAGUGCCUGUAUGCCCAUCUGCCCUGUCUUAAACAUGCAAAUAAAUACAUGUUCCUCAGCAUUUCUUGCCUGCUAAGUCUUAGUGUUUCCUAAAAAAGGGCCUAAGGCCAGUGCAGAUUGCCAGGAAAACCACAGGGAAGGGAAAGAAAAGAAACUUGAUAAGCUGCUGUUUAAAUGGCUAAUAAAUGAGAGCUAAAAUAUAAGAGGAAAUGUUUAAAAGAACAAACUGCAGCAAGAGACGUCUGGCAGGGCUACAGAGGGAAAUCACAUGUGACACACUCUGAAGUUUGCAGGCACUGGGAAGGAUCCACAAUUUCUCUUCAGUGUGAAGUGGAGACAGGAAACAUUCACCAGACUGGCAGUCUUCAGCCGCUCUUAAAAAAACCUCUAUUUUAUCUACAUUUCGCUUCCACAGGACGACUCAGUCCUGCUGUGCUGGUGUAUCAAGCUGUGUGUAAAUCCAUCUCCAUAUCUCUUCCUUUAAGCUCUGUCUUAUGUCAGUCUCUUUCCUAUGACUGCACUGGGAACCCGUGUGGUUUGGCUCCAGUGGGAGCCUCUUCUGCACCCGCCCUGCCGGUUGCUGGUUCUGCUUUAAACACAGGUGAGGAGAUCAGCCUCAGCAGGUCCGUACAGCAGGAAUGAAGCCUGGGCCUGGCUGGCUGUGCAAAGGCUCCAAGAACUAAAGUUCUGGGUUGGAUGUAAGCAGGAGCACGAUGACAUUCCCGAGUUCUGCCCUUACUUUGUGAUAGAGUUUCUCACCCAAACUCUUUUGUUGCUCUUUUUCUUACUUUCCCACUUUACCUCCUUCCUUUUCCCCAUGGAUAUGAAUGAGCACCUGAAGUCUUUUUUGACAUAUUUGAUGAUAUGCAUCACCAGGACUAUUUUAAAAAAAUUUUGGCUGGGUUUCGUUCAUUUUAGAAGUAGUUUUCUCAGUUGUAAUGCUAAUCACUUUCAAAGUCUUUUUGGUUGCUUUCAUUUCUUCAGCAUCUGCAGUAAAAUUCUGCCUUGUGACUGCAUGUAUCGCUUUUUCUCCUUAUCCUGUAUUCCUGACAGCCGCCUAGGUGGUGCGGAUCUGGCUUAUCCAUCCUUCAGUUAGCGAUGAUUGAAUGGAAUAGGGAAUGCUUUUACAGGGACACAUAAACACUGUAUCAGCAUUUUGUUGGAUCUGUUUUCUUUAUAAUUCUUCUUUCAUCCUGAAGAUGAAAUUAAUUUUAAGCAAUCCUGGCAAUAGUUAGUGCCUGCAGUGUAUUUUGCUGGCUCCUUAGUACAAGCACUUUAGUAAUGAACACUGGUUACUCGUCUAAAUAAGUGGUGACUGAACAAAGGAUGUUUUUCUUUGUGGCGUAAGCUUCCAGUUGCACUUUCCCAUCAUCUUUCAGACACCUGUAUGCUGUGCAAUCAUGUGACAACUAUUAGCAAAACCCUUUUAGCGUGACAUACAUGGCUAGCUAAGUGGGGCUUUAGGGAGACAAUAAUGUGUCAAGGAGAACUAGCAGCAAGUAGAUCUUUAACACAGCAGCCAGGCUUAGGUGCUCUGCGGGUGUCUUCUACUUGUCUAGCUGUAGGACUCUUAAGAAAAAGACUUUAUCUGUACAGUUCAAAAGUGCCAAAAUAGUGGCAACAGAACAGACUGGCUCCUUUUAUCUGCAGCUUUGCGGCUCACUCGUAAAUAAUAGACUUUAUUAUCAGAGCAAAGGCUGUGUUCUGCUGAUGUUAGGAGCUGUGGCUGGCGCACACCUCUUCCUGUAAACUUUCCCUAUAUUGGUUUUAAGGUUUACAGCUACUGACCGCUCUUCUCGCUUAGGUGACUCACUCUCACCUAAUUCACAACCCCAGGAAGGAAAGUGGAGAGAUGACUGGGGAAGAAGGGAUAUAAUUUGAUCUUGAAAGGCAAGAGGAAGCUUGGUGAGGCAGUAGUAUUUAUUCUUAUGUAGUGAAUCUUGCUGCCUAAUCAGUGCAUAAUUUGUUGUGCAGUACAAAAUAUCUUGCUUAUUCUUUGCUAUUUUCAGGUUUGUUUGUUUGUUUUCCUAUGGAAUACUAAACAGAUCCAAUGGCUGCUGUUAUUAUAAAAGGAGAAGCCUGUCUACCAAGAGGGGUCCGUAAUGUUUUCCUUUUCUUGGAGAUUUUUUGAAUGCUAAAUUGCCUGUGUGUAUUCUUCAUAAUGUACCAUAUGCAAAUAUUCUUCAGGAAUUGAUACUACCACUUCAGACCGUCAAUAUUUUCUAUGUACGAACUGUACGUUUCCUAUACUGCCAAGAAUGUAUAUAUAUAUCUAUGAAGACUUAAGAUUGUAUCUUUUUGAGCAAGCCUCUUUCUUCAACCAUGUGAAACUUUCUUCCUGUUUCUCAAGUUCUCCGCUAAUUUAUUAGACACUUGUGUUAUACUGUGUACUUUUUUGUAUCAGCUGUACUGCUGUAUUUCUCCUUUCUCUCAUUAAAACCUGUUCUUCUCA